UUUGAUAUCCGUCGCACACAUCUAGGGGCCGGCCCGGGAGAUCGGUUUGGUACAGGGCGGUGAUCCUGGUGGCCUGUCCGAUGCAGAUUGUGGGCGAGCACGGCCGCUCGGGACAUUGGCGAUAUCCGGCGGACGCGCUUCUUCCGCGGCCUCCGCUCUUCUGUGCUCCUGCAGAAUUGCUGAAGGUCUCUGUCGGCCUUCCGGCGGGUUUCCUAAGGUUUGUCAGCGUAGGAAAAAAAAAACAAAAAACCAACAAACCUGUUCUACGCCAGGGCAAGGCAUCUCAAGUUCGAGUUACUGGGAGGAAAAUGAGAUGAUAGGAAACCCAAAGCGGUAACAUUUAAACAGUAUUACAUUGUGGUUCUCUGGCCUUGAAAAUCGCAAGAAUCUGGCAUUAUACCGAGGAGGAAGGAGAACUCCCCCAAGCAACACAUAGUUUAAGAAAGAAGGCUAGUUGUGUACAGACCAUAUUUACCGCCUUCAAAUAAUUGUGACGAAGAUGAACCCAGCGAACCCCUUCAGUGGACAGCAGCCCAGUGCUUUUGCUGUGUCUUCGAGCACCACAGGAACAUACCAGAGCAAGUCACCUUUUCGAUUUGGCCAGCCUUCCCUUUUUGGACAAAACAACACACUAGGCAAGAGCCUGGGCUUUUCCCAGGUACCAAGCUUUGCAGCAACCUCUGGAGUAAGUCAUUCUUCUGCAUUGCCAACGUUUGGACUUACCCAAACCUCAAGUACUGGGCUUUUUACUGGUCUUGAAUCUACACCCUCUUUUGCAGCUCCUUCUGGGCCUUCAAGUUCAUCUGUGCCCGGAAAUACAGGAUUCAGUUUUAAGUCACCCUCCAUUGUUGGGGUUUUCUCAAGUGGCUCUACUUUUGGGCCAGAAACUGGAGAAGUAGCAAGCUCCGGUUUCAGGAAAUCGGAAUUCAAGUUUAAACCUCUGGAAAAUGCAGUAUUCAGACCAAUACUGGGGGCCGAGGCAGAGCCAGAGAAAACCCAGAGCCAAAUUGCUUCUGGAUUUUUCACAUUUUCCCACCCUGUUAGUAGUGGAUCUGGAGGCCUGUCCCCCUUUUCUUUUCCUCAGGUCACAAAUAGUUCAGUGACUAGUUCAAGUUUUAUCUUUUCAAAACCAGUUACUAGUAAUACAUCUGCCUUUACCCCUGCUUUGCCCAACCAAAAUGCAGAAGAAGAAAAGAAGGGACCUAAAUCAGUAUUUGGAAGUUCCAAUAGUAGUUUCACUACUUUCUCCAUCGCAUCAUCUGGGUCUUUGGGGGACCCCUUCCCAGCCAACAAAACAGGUGUCCGUCAAGGAUGUGAGGAGGUGGUGGAGCCACUUCCUACACCCCUUAAAGGACUAAAAAGGAAAGAGGACCAGGAUCGUUCCCCAAGGAGACAUUGCCACGAGGCAGCAGAAGACUCAGACCCUCUGUCCAGAGGGGACCACCCUCCCGAUAAACGGCCAGUCCGCCUGAACAGACCCCGGGGAGGCACUUUGUUUGGUCGGACAAUACAGGAUGUCUUCAAAAGCAAUAAAGAAGUAGGUCGCCUGGGCAGCAAGGAAUCAAAAAAGGAAAGUGGCUUCGUGGAAUCUGGGGAAAGUGACCACGCAGCUGUUUCAGGAGGGAGUCAGUCCAUCCUUGGACCUUCUCGCCUGUCAGCUGUGAAUAAAGAGGAAGAAAAAGAAGGUAGAGAUGAAAAAGAAGAUUCUCUCAGGGGAAUGUCUGUUCGCCAAAGUAAAAGAAGCGAGAGCACAGACAGUCUUGGGGGCGUGUCUUCUUUAGAGUUCACCGCCAUCCAGUUGAAGAACAUCCCUGACUAUCUCAAUGACAGAGCCAUCCUGGAGAAACACUUCAGCAAAAUUGCUAAAGUUCACCGGGUCUUCACCAGGCGCAGCAAGAAGCUUGCAGUGGUGCAUUUUUUUGAUCAUGCAUCGGCAGCCCUGGCCCGGAAGAAGGCAAAAAAUUUGCAUAAGGACAUGGCUGUCUUUUGGCACAAGAAGAAAAUAAGUCCCAGCAAGAAGCCCUUUUCCCUGAAGGAGAAGAAGCUUGGUGAUGGUGAAGCCAGCCAAGGCAUAGAGGAUUCCCCCUUUCAGCAUUCCCCUCUUGGCAAGCCUAUAGUGAGGCCUGCAGCUGGCAGCCUCCUGAAUAAAAGCUCUCCAGUGAAGAAGCCAAGUCUUCUAAAGAUCCACCAGUUUGAGGCAGACCCUUUUGACUCUGGGUCUGAGGGCUCCGAGGGCCUUGGAUCAUGCGUGUCAUCUCUUAGCGCCCUGAUAGGGACUGUGGCUGAGACAUCUGAGGAGAAGUACCGCCUUCUGGACCAGAGAGACCGAAUCAUGCGGCAAGCUCGGGUGAAGAGGACUGACCUGGACAAAGCAAGGGCAUUUGUUGGGACGUGCCCUGACAUGUGUCCUGAGAAGGAGCGGUAUUUGCGGGAGACCCGGAGCCAGCUGAGCAUGUUCGAAGUUGUCCCAGGGACCGACCAGGUGGACCAUACAGCAGCCGUGAAGGAGUACAGCCGGUCCUCCGCGGACCAGGAGGAGCCCCUGCCGCAUGAGCUGAGGCCCUCAGCAGUCCUCAGCAGGACCAUGGAUUACCUGGUGACCCAGAUCAUGGACCAGAAGGAAGGCAGCCUGCGGGACUGGUAUGACUUCGUGUGGAACCGCACACGGGGCAUACGGAAGGACAUCACACAGCAGCAUCUCUGUGAUCCUCUGACGGUGUCUCUGAUCGAGAAAUGUACCCGAUUUCACAUUCACUGUGCCCACUUCAUGUGCGAGGAGCCCAUGUCCUCCUUUGAUGCCAAGAUCAACAAUGAGAAUAUGACCAAGUGUCUACAGAGUCUCAAGGAGAUGUACCAGGACCUGCGGAACAAGGGAGUCUUCUGUGCCAGUGAAGCAGAGUUCCAGGGCUACAAUGUCCUGCUCAACCUCAACAAGGGAGACAUUUUGAGAGAAGUGCAGCAGUUCCACCCUGACGUCAGGAACGCCCCCGAGGUGAACUUCGCUGUCCAGGCGUUUGCUGCGCUGAACAGUAAUAACUUCGUGAGGUUUUUCAAACUGGUCCAGUCGGCUUCUUACCUGAACGCGUGCCUGUUACACUGUUACUUCAGUCAGAUCCGUAAGGACGCCCUCCGGGCACUCAAUGUUGCCUACACCGUAAGCACACAGCGCUCUACUGUCUUCCCCUUGGAUGGUAUUGUCCGAAUGCUGUUGUUCAGAGAUUGCGAAGAGGCCACAAACUUUCUCAAUUACCACGGCCUCACAGUAGCUGAUGGCUGUGUCGAGCUGAAUCGGUCGGCAUUCUUGGAACCAGAGGGAUUAUCCAAGGCCAGGAAGUCAGUGUUUAUUUCCCGGAAGCUGAUGGUGUCAGUUGGAGAAGUCGUGAAUGGAGGGCCACUGCCUCCUGUUCCUCGCCAUACGCCUGUGUGCAGCUUUAACUCCCAGAAUAAGUACGUUGGAGAGAGCCUGGCCACAGAGCUGCCCAUCAGCACUCAGAGACCCAGUGUAGACACAGCAGGUGGUGGGAGAGGAGAGGAGUAUGGCACAGAGGUGGAGGCAACACCGAUGGCUGUCCUCCCACAGCCUCCUCCUGUACCGUCAUCCACAUCAGUGCUUCAUGUCACGCCACUGACCCCAGCUGUGGCACCCAGCCUUUUCCAGUCCUCCAUGCAGCCAGAGCUGGUGCCUCCGAAGCCCUCACCUGUGUACUCUGAUUCGGACCUGGUGCAGGUGGUGGACGAGCUCAUCCAGGAGGCUCUGCAAGUAGACUGUGAGGAAGUCAGCACUGCCGGGGCAGCCUACGUGGCUGCAGCUCUGGGUGUCUCUAACGCUGCUGUGGAGGAUCUGAUAACAGCUGCAACCACAGGCAUUUUGAGGCAUGUCGCAGCUGAAGAAGUGUCCAUGGAAAGGCAGAGAAGAGAGGAAGAAAAGCGACGGGCUGAAGAGGAAAGGCUGAAGCAAGAGAGAGAACUGGCGUUAACUCAGCUGAGCGAGGGCCUGGCUGCAGAGCUGACAGAGCUCAUGGUGACAGAGUGUGUGUGGGAAACCUGUACUCAGGAGUUAAAGAGUGCAGUAGAGACAGACCAGAAGGCCCGCAUAGCCCGCUGCUGUCAGGCUGUCUGUGCACACCUGGAGGACGCUUUUCUUGCUGAGGAGAUUUUCCAGACUGCGAAAGAGACACUCCAGGAACUCCAGUGCUUCUGCAAAUAUCUACAACGGUGGAGGGAAGCUGUUGCAGCCCGGAAGAAGCUCCGGCGUCAGAUGCGGGCCUUCCCUGCAGCACCGUGCUGUGUGGACGUGAAUGGCCGGCUGCAGGCGUUAGUGCCCAGUGCAGAGUGCCCCAUUGCUGAGGAGAACCUGACCAAGGGCCUCUUGGACCUGGGCCAUGCAGGGAAAUUGGGCAUUUCCUGUACCAGGUUGAGGCAGCUUAGAAACAAGGCAGCUCACCAGAUGAAGGUUCAGCACUUCCACCAGCAGCUGCUGAGUAAUGCUGCGUGGGCACCUCUGGACCUGCCGUCCUUCGUGGCUGAGCACCUCCCUGUGAAGCAUGAGCACAUAUUUUGGAAACUGGUGCUGGUGCUGCCUAAUGGAGAAGAGCAGACUCCAGAGAGUCCUGGCAGAAUACUAGAAAAUUGGUUAAAGGUCAAGUUCACAGGAGAUGACAGCUUGGUGGAUGACACACGCAAUAAUUCCGGUGAUAUCCAGACACUCACAGUUUUUAAUGCACUCAGUAGUAAAGGGGACCAAAUAGUUUCCGUCAAUGUGUGUAUAAAGGUGGCCCAUGGCACCCUUAGUGACAGUGCCCUUGAUGCUGUGGAGACACGGAAGGACCUGUUGGGAGCUAGUGGGCUCAUGCUGCUGCUUCCUCCCAAAGUGAAGAGUGAAGAUGUGGCAGAGGAGGAUUUGUACUGGCUUUCAGCUGUGCUGCAGCUCAAGCAGCUCCUUCAGGCCAAGCCCUUCCAGCCUGCACUUCCUCUGGUGGUUCUCGUGCCCAGCUGCAGAGGAGAUUCCAUGGGGAAAGAAGUAGAGGAUGGCCUGACUUUACAGGAGUUGGUUUCAGCCAAGCUGAUUUCAGAUUACAUUGUUGUUGAGAUUCCGGAUUCGGUUAAUGAUUUACAAGGCACUGUCAAGGUGUCUGGAGCAGUCCAGUGGCUGGUUUCCCGAUGCCCUCAAGCUCUAGACCUUUGCUGCCAGACCCUUAUUCAGUACAUUGAGGAUGGGAUCAGCCGUGAGUUCAGCGGUCGGUUUUUCCACGACAGAAGAGAGAGGCGCCAGGGUGGCCUGCCAUCCCAGGAGCCUAGUGCCAUUAUUGAGUUGUUCAAUAGUGUGCUGCAGUUCCUAGCCUCUGUGGUGUCUUCUGAGCAGCUGUGUGACAUCUCCUGGCCUGUCACAGAAUUCUCUGAGGUAGGGGGCAGCCAGCUGCUUCCUCACCUGCAGUGGAACUCACCAGAGCAUCUAGCUUGGCUGAAGCAAGCUGUACUUGGGUUCCAGCUUCCACAGAUGGAUCUUCCACCUCCAGGGGCACCCUGGCUCCCUGUAUGUUCAAUGGUCAUUCAGUAUACCUCCCAGAUUCCCAGCUCACGCCAGACACAGCCUGUCCUCCAGUCCCAGGUGGAGAACCUACUGUGCAAAACAUACCAAAAGUGGAAGAGCAAGAGCCUCUCUACAGGCCAGGAGUCAGGGCCUUCCGUUGCUGAUAUCCCAUGGGAUGACAUCAUCACCUUAUGCAUCAAUCACAAGCUGAGCGACUGGAUACCCCCCAGGCUCCCCAUCACAUCAGAGGCGCUGAGUGAAGAUGGUCAGAUAUGUGUAUAUUUUUUCAAAAAUCGUUUAAAAAAAUACGAUGUUCCCUUGUCAUGGGAACAAGCCAGAAUGCAGACACAGAGGGACCUUCAGCUGAGUCAAGGACGUUCGGGGAUAAAGUCUUCUCAUCCUUCUACAAGCAGCUUUCCCCCUCCAUUGCUUCAUGUGCACCACAAAGGGAAGAAGAAUGAGGAGAAUGGCCGAGAGGGGACUCUGAGCACGGAGGAUCUGAUGCGAGGGGCUUCUGCAGAAGAGCUCCUGGCACAGUGUCUGUCCAGCAGUCUGCUGGAGGAGAAGGAAGAGAGCAAGAGGUUUGAAGAUCAGCUUCAGCAGUGGUUAUCUCAAGACCCCCCGGCGCUCACAGAGUCAGCCUGCCUUCCUCUCUAUCUUCCUCAGACCCUGGUGGCUUUUCCUGAUACUAUCAGAGCUCAGACUGUGGUGAAAAAAUCUACAAGUCCUCAGAAUGCAAGGGCAGGAGAGAAGUUGCGGCUCUCAGAGGUGUCAGACACAUCUCUGACUGAAAGGCUGAAGCACUUGGAAAGGCUGAUACGAAGUUCAAGGGAAGAAGACAUUGCCUCUGAGCUCCAUCUCUCUGCACUGCUGGACAUGGUAGACAUAUGAACAGCCUGUCAUCGGAAGUGUUUCUUCUUCAUAAUAGUUUGUUUUUAUUCAAAUUAUGUUCAGAUGCUUGAUGCGCUGUUGUAAAUGUGACUAUUGAUUGUGCAAAUAAACUAUUUGAAUCAUCCCA